AUGGCCCAGACCCUGCAGAUGGAGAUCCCCAACUUUGGCAACAGCAUCCUGGAGUGCCUCAAUGAGCAGCGGCUGCAGGGCCUGUACUGUGAUGUGUCAGUCGUGGUCAAGGGCCACGCCUUCAAGGCCCACCGGGCCGUGCUGGCCGCCAGCAGCUCCUACUUUCGGGACCUGUUCAACAGCAGCCGGAGCGCUGUGGUGGAGCUACCGGCGGCCGUGCAGCCCCAGUCCUUCCAGCAGAUCCUCAGCUUCUGCUACACGGGCCGACUCAGCAUGAACGUGGGCGACCAGUUCCUGCUCAUGUACACGGCUGGCUUCCUGCAGAUCCAGGAGAUCAUGGAGAAGGGCACAGAAUUCUUCCUCAAGGUGAGCUCCCCAAGCUGUGACUCGCAGGGCCUGCACGCCGAAGAGGCCCCAUCUUCCGAGCCACAGAGCCCCGUGGCGCAGACAUUGAGCUGGCCGGCCUGCAGCACCCCCCUGCCUCUUGUGUCUCGGGUGAAGACAGAGCAGCAGGAGUUGGACUCAGUGCAGUGCACUCCGGUGGCCAAGCGGCUGUGGGACAGCAGCCAGAAGGAAGCAGGGGGCGGGGGCAGCAAUGGCAGUCGCAAAAUGGCCAAGUUCUCUACACCAGACCUGGCUGCCAGCCGGCCAGUCCAGCAGGCCCCAGUAGUGGCAGCGGCCCAGCCAGCUGGGGUGGCUGUGGCUGUGACGGCUGGGACCGGACCGCCGGCUGGAGGUGCCCCUGCAGCUGGGGCCGUGGUGAGUGGGCCCUGCACGUCAGAGCGGACCAGCCCUGGUACCUCGAGUGCCUACACCAGCGACAGCCCUGGUUCCUACCACAAUGAGGAGGAUGAGGAGGAGGAUGCGGGUGAGGAGAGCAUGGACGAGCAGUACCGGCAGAUCUGCAACAUGUACACCAUGUACAGCAUGAUGAAUGUCGGCCAGGCAGCUGAGAAGGUGGAGGCACUCCCAGAGCAGGUGGCCCCUGAGUCCCGGAAUCGCAUCCGAGUACGGCAAGAGCUGGCAUCCCUCCCUGCUGAGCUCAUCAACCAGAUCGGCAACCGCUGCCAUCCCAAGCUGUACGAUGAGGGUGACCCCUCUGAGAAGCUGGAGCUGGUGACAGGCACCAAUGUGUACAUCACGAGGGCGCAGCUCAUGAACUGCCACGUCAGCGCAGGCACGAGGCACAAGGUUCUGCUGCGGCGGCUCCUGGCCUCCUUCUUUGACCGGAACACGCUGGCCAACAGCUGUGGCACCGGCAUCCGCUCUUCCUCCAACAACCCCAGCCGCAAGCCCCUGGACAGCCGUGUCCUCCACGCCGUCAAGUACUACUGCCAGAACUUUGCUCCCAACUUCAAGGAGAGUGAGAUGAAUGCCAUCGCGGCUGACAUGUGCACCAAUGCCCGCCGCGUCGUGCGCAAGAGCUGGAUGCCCAAGCUCAAGCUGCUCAAGGCUGAGGGUGACGCCUACACGACCUUCAUCAGCGACAUGGGCAAGAUAGAGCCGGAUAUGAUGGGUGUGGAGCACGGCUUCGAGACGGCCAGCCAGGCCAGCCAUGAUGGGGACGCUGGCCCCUCCGCCGAUGCCCUGUAG